AAUGAUGCUCGCCUACAAGGCCCAGGAAUCCCUCUGGUUACAAAGCUAUGUUAUGCAGUUGGGGGGAUUCCAUACCAGGCUACACACAUCGCCAUGGGUUUCUCCUUCCAGAUUUUUCUACUGGAUGUUGUACAUAUGGAGGCAUACUUUGUCUCUCUGAUCCUGUUUGUCAAUCGUGUGUGGGAUGCACUCACUGACCCCCUCAUUGGGUAUCUUGUGAGCAGGACCGGACGGACACCACUUGGCAAAUUUCUGCCCUGGUCAGUUCUGUCCAUGCCACUGGGCAUUCUCUCUUAUGCCCUCCUCUGGUUUGUCCCUCACAAUGCAGCGAGCACUUCAGUCAAUGUGCCCUGGUACCUCAUUACCAGCUGUCUCUUUCAAACUCUUAUGAGUUGCUAUCAUGUCCCCUAUACAUCUCUAAAUAUGUUCCUGGGAGGAGAUGAGAGAGACAGAGAUUCAGCCACGGCCUAUAGAAUGAGUGCGGAGGUGUUGUCGAUGCUAAUAGCUGCUGUGAUACAGGGGCAGGUAUUGAGCGUGUACAAUGCAGAGAGAGAGGAUUCUUGCAAGGAUGAGAAUGCCGAGAUCACACCUAGCACCUCUUCUUCACCCACUGCUUAUCUACAGGAGACAAGAUCAGCCUUCAUGACCUCCGCUCUGAUCCUGGGAGCUCUAUACUUUCUCUGCUGUAUGGUGCUCUUUCUCGGAGUAAAAGAACAAAGUGGACCUGUGGGUGUGCGGAUACAGAGGCACUCAUCAUACCUGGCUGAUUUGAAGAAAAUAAUAGGUCACGUCUCGUAUCAGCGGCUGGUGCUUGGUUUUCUAUUCUGUUCACUUGCAUUCCAGAUGUCUUUAGGAAACUUUGCCUUGUUCUGCAUCCAUGUGGCAGGAUUGGGAGCACAGUUCCAGUACUUGAUGUUGGCUAUAUUGAUCUCAGCUAGUGUAUCAGUACCUAUGUGGCAGAUGACUUUGGUGAGGUUCGGAAAGAAAAGGACCCUUUUUGUUGGCCUGCCUCUCUUCAUCCCUGCUAUGAUCAUUCUAGCAUGCGUCUCAGAGAACUUCCCACUCUAUAUGAUCACGUGUGUUCUGGUCGGCACCAGCGUAGCUACACUCUUCUUGUUACCAUGGUCGAUGCUGCCUGAUGUGGUGGAUGAGUUUAUGCUUCAGAAUCCUGGAUGUAGUGAAAUGGAGCCACUGUUUUAUUCCUGCUCAUGCUUCUGUAACAAACUCGGAGGAGGCCUCUCUGCAGGCAUCUCCACUAUGACACUACACCUAACAGGUUAUAAAACAGGAGCAUGUAGUCAUAGUAAAGAGGUCAUCUUGGCGUUACGCCUGCUUUUGGCACCAAUCCCUAUAAUUCUACUGCUGACGGGCCUGGUCUUGUUCUAUCUGUACCCAGUCAACGAAACACUGGACCAGAAGAUCCAAGAAGAUUUGGAACAAACAAGAACCAAGACUCAAAUGAUUUCCACCAAAAAAGAGAAUGUUGGUUCAGUGCAAAGCAGGUCAACACUUGGGUCAAAGAGGAGCACAAAGUGUUCUUCAAGUGUGAAACAGUAUUCCUCCCACCUGAGAAGAUCUCUUUAUUAUUGCAAAAUGCACUGUAACACAAGAGCAAAUCUCUACAAUUAUACUGCUUGUGCAGAUUGCAGAUUAAACUCACAGUCGUGUGAACCCAGAUGUAGCUCAAAAAACACAUUUUCAGUUUCUCAAUGUAGCACACAGUCAUCUUCAGUGUGUAAUAAUAUUUCCUCAAAGAAGGCUAUCGUGACAUGGGUGUAA